CAACCAACGAGUACCAGCACGGCUCCACGGUGUAAUUUGAGCCUACACGAUAAUUGAUCAAAAUGACAAUAUACCCUAUCUCAAAGAAGUUUAGUCGAAAAUAAGUUCCGCUUAUCUAAGAGACUUCUCUUCGCGCAAGUGACUAAAACCAGCUGACGACAAACUUUGGAAUGCGGAAGAGGCCUUGGCGCAGCGCAAGAUGGAAGGAGCGUUGGAGCAUCAUUUGGAAGACACCAUGAAGAAUCCUUCCAUUGCGGGAGUCCUGUGUACUGAUUCUCAGGGACUAAACCUGGGCUGUCGUGGCACUCUUUCAGAUGAACAUGCAGGCGUGAUAUCUGUUCUAGCUCAGCAGGCAGCCAAACUAACAUCUGAUCCAACAGAUAUUCCUGUUGUUUGCCUGGAAUCAGAUACUGGUAAUAUCAUGAUCCAGAAGCAUGAUGGCAUCACAGUGGCAGUGCACAAAAUGGCAUCUUGAUCUCACCUGCAGCAUGUCUCCUUGUUCUUCAGCAACUCACUGUUGUAGACUGUGCUCUUCUCCUGCAUCAAUUGUAUAUCCAGUGUCACUAUAAGAUCCCAAUUGAUUCUGUUUGUAAAUACUUUCCCUAUCUUGUAUGUUGACCUGGGAAUCAGAUUGUUCAUAUUUGAAGCUCCCUAUUACCCAACCUGGAAAGCUUUUCUGAGGUGUGGCUGCAGAAACAGCACCUUGGCAGCUGCCCCAUGCUUCACCAGAAGACACUUAAUUGCUUGUUUGGUGCAGUUUUGUCAAAAUGCUGUGUAUUCCAUUUUGUAUUUCUGGCUGUACUGUGGUUUCAAAUAGUGUAGCUUACUGUUAAGAAACACUGUAACAUUAUUCCUUGGUUGACAGGAUGCCCUAAUAUAGCUUUAAAUACUACAAGUGCUAUUAAAUUUGCAAGGAAUGUGAUAACAGUCAUGUGACUUCUCUCAAAUACAGCUAUUUAUGCUUCUAA